AUGGUAGUGCUAUAUAAUAAUAAGGAAGAUAUAGCUGUAUGUGACGAUGGAGUUAAUAAAGAAGUAAUUAAAAAUAUUUUUAUGGAAGACAUUGAAAGUAAAAGAAGAAAGGAAGCAAUUGUUAGAAAACGUAGCAUUGUACAUUUUGGUUUAAAAUUAUUUUUAUUUUCCUUUUGUAUUUGGACUUUACAAUAUGCUAACAAUAAUUAUGAUUAUAGGGACAAUGGCAAUAAUUAUACCCUUGAAAAUAUACUAGAAUCAAGAAUUAAUAGAUCUUUAUCAGAAAAGCAAUCUCAUGUUACUAAUUCAGCAACCGAAGUAGCUGCACAAGAAAAUAAUAGUACAGAGGAAAAAAAAAACAACCCCCCCGUAGAACAGCAACAACAACAACAACAGCAACAACAACAACAACAGCAACAACAACAGCAACAACAACAACAACAACAACAACAACAACAACAACAACAACAACAACCAAAUGAAUUAAAUAAUUUUGAAAAUAAAUUAAAAGAUUUAAAAGAUUGUUUAUUCGAUAAACUUGAUAAUGCCGUUGAUUGGGAAAAUCUUUCUAGCAAUGUUAAAGGAUAUUUGGAAAAGGUUGAUAGUACUAUAGAAAAUAAAAUAAAGAAAGAAGUUCAAACAGCUACUCAACAAAGCAAUUUGAUGACAAAUUUAGAUCCAAAAACACAAUUCAUAAAAAAUUUCACAAAGAAUUAUGAUUUAUAUACACCACCACUUUUACUAAUGUUAGCUUCAGCUAUGUUAUCAGAAAAUUUAAAAAAAAAAAUAUUCCAAGUAAUCGCCUUCCUUCUUUUUGUUGUUUUAAUUUAUUUAUAUUUGAAAUUAAAGAAAGUUAAUAAAAAUAUUAAAAAAGAUACAAAUGAUAAUACAACAAAUAAUAAAUCAGCGACAAAGACAAAUGUUACUAAAACGUCCUAA